CAGAAAAAAUGCCGCGCACAAAGGUUUCCAAAAGUUCCAAACGCAAUCGUGAGGCAGCGGUUCGCGAAGAAAAGAUACGAGAAUUUGAAAAUACCUUGGAAGGUUUUCAAAAUACUUUUGAUGUUAAGGUCCAGGAUUAUUUGACAUCGUUUGAGCACCAUUUUACAAUGUUGCUGCAAAAGACAAGCACAGCUUUGCUCCAAAUGAAAAUCUGUGAUGUCUUUGAAAUGGAUUUAGAUAGAUUUGCCGACUGGGAUAAAAAGAUGAAACAGCGUAAUGAAGAAAAUAUGGCCAAUUCCACAUUGUUGCGUUCAGCAAAAGUUACCAAUCCAAAUGACGAAGGCUACCUUACAGAGGAUAGUUCCACAUCAGCCAGUCUAGGCUCAUCGACAACAAAUGCUGCCUAUUUAAAUUCAUCAGCUAUGCGUACAACAACACAACAAUUGCCGCCACAUCAAUCGGCACGUUUACGCACCCCAGGACCAUUAAGUUCUGCAAGAGCAAGGCGUCCCCGACGCAGUCGUUCAGCAUGUGGUGAUUAUGGUAUACCCGGUUCGGCAAUGAAAUCAAAACCAUCAUCACAUUUAUCCAUAAAUUCUGGACAUCAUAGCAGCAGCAACAGUACUGCCAGUGAUCAUCAUUCACGUAGUAAAAUGAGAACGCCCAUGGCUUCACGGACUAAAGCCUUGUCGGCUGAUCGUUCAGCAAAAGAUGCCAAUGAACCACAAUCACCGCCAUCACCACCCACAUUUUUACGUUUUCCCAGAGCUGGUGAAUUGGUAUUGUCAAAAUGUGGCAGUCCUUUGGUGGCCAAUUCUGGACCUGAUAAAAUUGCCCAUGUCAAUAUACCAUUGCGUGGUGGUGUCAUAUCAAUGAGACCCAAAAAAAUCGAAGGCCUAACUCCUGAUAUACUCAAGGAAAUGGAUCCCGAAACCUUGCAGCAAUUAAAAACCUUACAUGCAAAUAUCGAUAAGAUUGUAAGUAUGGCAGAUAAGGCCGGUUUCAUUUAA